ACAUCUGUCAUCAAGUGUCGUCCACUGAUAUUGUGUGAGUGCUCUAGUUAUUUUAGUUUUUUCAAGUUUAAAGUAAAACUUAAUUAAAUCGUCAAAAAUGGCCGUUUGGGAAGGAAAGAAAUACAAAUUGGAAAAGAGUGAAAACUUUGAUGAGUACAUGAAGGAGUUGGGUGUCGGUAUGGUUAUGCGUAAAAUGGGCAAUAGCGUCAGUCCCACCGUUGAGUUGAAAAAGGAUGGUGAGACCUACACUUUCACCACCACCUCAACCUUCAAGACAUCGUCGAUCAACUUCAAGCUGGGCCAGGAAUUCGAUGAAGAGACAUUGGAUGGUCGUAAAGUGAAGAGCGUCAUUACUUUGGAGGGCAACAAACUGGUGCAGGAACAGAAGGGUGACAAACCUUCAACCAUUAUUCGUGAAUUCACAGACUCCGAACUGGUGACUACCCUUACUAUUAAUGGCGUCAAAUCCGUCAGAUUGUACAAGGCUGUAUAAAUCCACUGUUCAAAGACCAUAGCAACAAAUAGUUAAAUUAAUAAUGCCACAUCUUGCGAUAAUUAAGAAUUGAAAUACUAAAUAUCAUGCGUAAUAUUUUGCACUUUGUAUGACAACGUAUGCAUACAUCAAGAUAUAUU